CCAGCGUCUCGAGAGUUUCCAAACUUGCGCUGCCAUGUUUGCAGCCGACACUUUGGGGCUUUCAUUCUGUUCACGCUAAAAAGAAACUUUGGAUCUCCAGUAUUAGGUUUCAACGACUGCCUGCAAACAAAAACUGGAAACUAAGAGCGAGCUCUAGAGUUUAGACCCCGCUGUCCGUGGGAAAACUCAGUGAGAAGAUGGGGUCCUCCGACAGAGCCUUGUCAUGGCCGGCGAGGCUGCUCCGGACCCUCCCGCCGAGCUUCGUCGCCGACAUGAUGUGGCCGGACCAGAGGCCCGGCUGGCGGCUGCACGCGACAUCGUACCUCGACGGCCUGCGCGGCAUCGCCUCCUUCGUCGUCUUCUUUUGUCACUACACAGAGGAGAACCACAAGUACAUGGUGCCGUCGUACGGCCUCAACCCGGACGGCCAGGCCUCAUCGUUCCUGCAGCUGCCCUUUUUCCGCAUCGCCUUCUCGGGCCGCCCCAUGGUGCACGUCUUCUUCGUCAUCUCGGGCUUCGUGCUGUCGCACAAGCCGCUGCGCGCCCUGCACGACGGCGGCCCGCGCGCCCUCGAGCGCUGCGCCGCCGCGCUGUCGUCGUCGGCCUUCCGCCGCCCCUUGCGCCUCUUCGGCCCCUGCGCCGCCGAGACUCUCAUGAUCGCCGCGUGCUGCCAGCUGGGAUGGCUGUACGAGCCCCUGCCCGCGCUGUCGACACAGCUGUGGAUCUGGAAGGACGUCAUGUUCCACAGCGUCACCUGGCCGUGGGCCUGGGACGCGGACCUGCGGCCCGGCUACGACGUGCACCUGUGGACCAUACCCAUCGAGUUCGCGCACUCGAUGCUGCUGUUCCUCGUCAUCCUGCUGCUGGCCCGCGUCAAGCUCAAGGUGCGGCAGGCCAGUACCGCCGGCCUCAUGGCCUACUGCCUCUGCUGCGGCAAGUGGGCCGCCUUUGAGUUCCUCGGCGGCAUGUGGCUGGCCGAGAUGCGCAUCGUUCAGUCGCUCGGGAGGGCCUGCUGCGGUGGCGGCACCGACGAGCACCGCGGGAUCGGCCAGAAGGAGCAGCUGCCGCAGCCGCACGCCCGCCGCGGCCGCCGCCUGCUGCGCUCCAUCUUCUGGAUCGGCGUCGUAGCCGCCUUCGUCUUCGUGGGCGGCUGGCCCAACUCCGGGGCGGACCGGACGCGCGGCAUCCGCGCCCUGCUGGCGGCCACGCCGGACCCCUUCGCCCACGGCAUGGACGACCUGGCGCCGCAAAAGUUCUGGUUCGCGCUCGCGGCGCUGAGCGCGGUCUGGGCCUGCGGCGAGCUCGCGUGGGCGCGCCGCCUGCUCGACUCGGGCCCAGCGCAGUACUGCGGCCGGCUGAGCUUCGCAAUCUACAUCGUGCACGGGCCCGUCCUCGCCAUGCUCCAGCUCGCCGUCGUGGGCGAGCCCUUCUCGCCCGAGCGCGUCGUGCCGGCCGAUGGCGACGGGCAACAGCAGCAGCAGCAGCAGCAGGUGGUGGUGCCCGCCGUGCCGGGCUGGGGCGUCAAGGGCAUGUUUGGCGUCGACGGCCCGACGCAGCGGUUCUUGGCGUGGCUCGGCGGGCUGGUCAUACUGCUGCCCGUCACGGUCUGGGUCGCCGACGUGUUCUGGAGGCUGGUGGACGUGCCCGUCAUCGCGGCCGCGCGCUGGGUCGAGACGGUCUGCCUGGGCGACGGCCCGGACGAGGACGCUGGUCGGAAGGAGUGCCACUGCCAGCUAACCUCUAUUGCUGCGUGCUAGGCGUUUUGCUUCAACGUCCUUUUUUACAUUUGUCAUGUUUCGACUGUCUUGCAUGUUGCCGG